UGACAAGAAGAACAAAGGCCAAAACAACUGACACAGCGGACUCAGAAAAUUCUGCAGUUGUUCGUGAGAUACCCAUUGCAAAAGAAACUGCGAAAGCAAAAAGCGGAAGAUGUUCGAGCAGAAGGAGCGAAAGAGUAGUCUACAGGAGAAGGUAGUGCAAGUUGUGCGCCAGAGACAGACUGCACGGGACCAAUUAAUCAGUUUCGCUGGAAGAGUGGAGCAACAAAAUUUCCCUCAUUAUAAGCCUUAAAAAAUAUAUAUAUAUAUUUGAGCGAGGACUGCAAGAAUACGAAGGACCAGCUAAGAGUUAAAGAUGAACUUAUCCAAGAACUUCCAAAAUAUGUGGCCUCUUUCGCAAAUGCGCUUACUCAAUCAAAUAAUACUCAUUAGCCAAUGAACGUAGAUGAGGUGGACAUAGGUGGAGGAGUCCUGGUCAGUGAAAUCGGGCUGAACGAUGUCAGAGUCAACAAAAAACUCAACGCAUCGAAGAUUGUGAGUGGUUUAUCCACUCUCAUUUUUGAUGACGUUGAGUUGAGGACUCUGACAAUAACGGGGAAGCCAUGUAAUUUGAAUUUAAAUAAAAGCCAUCAGUCUUCCUUGGGUAUGUUCGAUGACACAAAAAUAAAUGCAUUAAAAGCGGGAUACUUACAGAUUUUGGAGUCACGGAAUAACCGAGACAAGUCAGAAUACGGUAAUCGGAAAGAAUAUUUUACCAAAAAGGUCAAAUAUAAGAAGGACUUGUUCCGCAGGGGAAAUAAGGAGUGAAUCAGCCAGGAUAUCAGCUCCACACGCUCAGAUCCAAAAUUGCACGACGCACAGUGUUCGGAAAACCCAAAAAGCUGGCCAAAAUUCGAGACAAAAAUUUAUUUUUGUAAUUUGAACUGUUGCAGUCGGUAGAGUAGGAUCCUCUGCGUAUGUA